AUGCCUCCACCCAAGGGUCCGGAGGGAGCUGACCUCGGUGAGCAGGACGCGCUUGAUGAAGGUGACGGGGCUGGCCUUGACGUGGAGGGAGCGGGUGCUGGCCUGCCCGCACCGGAGCCUCUCGAGGCUGAGACGGAGGAGCCUCCACUGUACGAUGAGGAGGUCCCUGAGGAGGGGGUUUUCGAAGAGGGGGUCCCUGAAGAGGGGGCCCCCGAGGAGGCCGGAUUUGGAGAAGGACCCCCGCUUCUGCUCGUCAACAAUGAAGGCCAGAACAUUUUGGCGAAGGAGAAGACGAGGCAGUUGAUUAACAAAGUCAACAUCCUCUCCAAGUCACUGGAGGCCAAGCUCCCGCUGUAUGAUGAGGGCAAGGAUCUUCCGGAACCCGAGGAUGAGAUGAGGGAGAUCUGCAGGGCCAGGGAGGUGGAGAUCAAUAAGCUGGAGCAGGCGAAGACAGCUGCUGAGAUCGCUCGCCUGGAGAAUGAGGAUGAAGAGCCCGGGACUGACAUCAGCAUCGAGGAGGAGGCGAAGAAGAUCAGGCAAGAGUGGCCAGGCGACGAGUACGAUGACUACGGGGGAUAUCCUAUGGCACCUGAUGCCCACUACGAGGGUGGCUAUGGCUACGACCAUGGCUACCAUGGCCACGACCAUGGCCACGACCAUGGCCAUGCCCCAGAGGCUGCCUAUGGCGCUCCCGCUGUGGGCCCCCCUGCAACUGCCGGCUGCCCGCCUCCCAUUGUGGCCCUGGCCCUGCUCCUUCCGCAGCUCCAGGAGCGACGCAAGCUUCGCCCUGCCGGCUUCCUUAGCCAGGAACGCCUGGAUUUUGCAGGCCAUACAGGGCCGGAGGAUGUGUCGGGAAAGAGGCUCCGAAGUCUCGAAGGUAAUUUUGGCGGCCGGGUGGCAGGCGACGCGCAGGUUGUGGAGGGAACUGUCAGCUUGAAUGGCACCAUUACGCCAGAGAUUGUGAGCAAGCUGAAUUGGGCAGCGCAGAAUGCGCUUGUGGAAGCGUGUGGCCACGGGUCCAAGGUACAGGCAAGCACGAAAUUGGAACUGUCGCCCAACGUGCAUCGUGCCGUGGACAUCAAAUUCUGGGUUCUGCCUCGACUUGGUGGAGGUGGCGACUGUGCCAUGACACUGGUGGAGGCAGCGGCUGGCGGAUUUGCCCCUCCGUUUCCUCUGUCCGGACCAGACAAGAAGCCUCUGUUUCGCAACAUGAUGCAGAACCAAUUGUCUCGAAUCAUGGACACCAGCAUCAUGUCAGACAUGUACCUUCGGCUGUGGCGAGUCACUUGCGCCGUGAAGCCCGUUUGGAUGCUGGGAAACCAGCUGAGCGAGUCGAAUUCGAACAUGGCUUGUUCGACCUACGCUUCCGGAUGGGAGGUGUACUACGCGCCCAGCUUGACGGAGCCAGCCACCGCUGAGGGCGGAUCCUGGGUCCCUGGAUACUCCACGGGCAACUCCAACAAUGUAGUGGGCCAGCUGACAGAUCGUUGCAUGCUGGCGAAUUCUGCGUGCUUCUGUGCUGCGCUGCAGGGCUGCGGCUGGCGGCAGCAAGCAGAUGGUUCUACCGCUUGCAUGACUAUCUCCGAUGGCGAUACCGGGACGCCUGUCAGCUGUGGUGCGUGCUCGAACCAACCUGAAUGCCCGCCGCAAUGCAGCUCUGCCACCUUCGCGUGCACUUGUGCAGCCUUAUCGAUCAGUUGUUUGUGGGAGAAUGAAGAAUGCAAACCUGCUGGGGGUGGCCCGAGCAACAUUCCCUGCAGCGCCUGCGUGCUGCAGGACACGUGCCAAGCGGCCCGGCCCCGUGCAGUGGACUUCGCCCCGAAGACCAUCUUCGCCCUGCCACGGGAGGGCGACCUGUCCAUCAUCGAAAUCUCUUUCAACACGCAACUGGGCCCGCUUCGCGCAGCGCGCGGUGCCGUUCAGUUCAUCUGCGGCACCGCGGGAAGGGAGCCGACUCGGACCUCUGUCACUCUAUUGGAGUACACGGUUCCGGGCGAAGGGCUUGAGGUCGCAGGCAACGUACUCAAAGUGGCGUCUGGAACAGUCCCUGUCGCCGAAUCAACAUCCUGCACUUUGUUGGCCGGAGAGGGCGUCGUCACCAACGUGGAUGGCUUGCCUUCGCAACCCAUCGAGUUUGGCUCCUACAUGUUCAAGAUGAAGGACUCUGUGCCUCCGAUGAUCUUAUCCUUCUUACCCUCUGCUGGAGCUGGAGGAGUGUUGACCGCACAAAAGACGGUGAGCAUAACCUUCAAUGAGAGGGUCCGGCAGACAGAAAGCUUCAGCGCUGAAAUCCGGCUCGUGGACUUGUUCGGGGAGCCGCUGGACGCGCCUGUGCCAAUCGGCCUGGAUAGCGUCAACGAGCGUGUGGUCAGGCUGGACGUGCGAGGCAAGUUGCAGCCUGGGAGAUUCUACGAGAUCACCAUUGCUGCCGGGUCCAUCGUGGACUACGGAAAUCAGCUUUUCGAAGGGCUCGCCGCGGGUGUCUACAAGUUCAAGACUGACGGCAACCAUGAUGAUGUCGUGAUCGUUGAUGCUCUUGGGAACACUGGCCCCUCCACCGCGGUCGUAGCGGGGGCAGCUGGUGGUGGUAUGCUGGUCCUCUUGGCCGUGGCCUGCAUUGCCUAUCGCACCUAUGUGGUCUCGCGAGAGCCCCACGACCUCCCGCCGUCGCCGGUCGAGGCCACAUCGAACAAGUCCCCGCCGAGGAUCCGGUUCGAUGAGGAGGCUCUGAAAGUGCAAUACAUGGACGACCUCCCAGACUCUCCAGAAAACAGGAAGUCUUACAAGUUUGAUGAUGAAACGAACGAGCCUUCCAACGAGCCCUCCAAUGAGCUGCGAAAGGCUGCCCAGGAAGCAGCAACGGUGCGCCGCAACUCAAUCGCUGCGCACAUGGAGCUGCCGCGGAUUCCCACAGGUCCUACAAACCAGCGCAGGUCAUCCUACCACGGGAACACAGCGAAGGAAGAGACGAACCAACCGCACCAAAGAGGCAGCCGGGUGCAUCCACCUGCAGAGCAUCAGGUGGACAAACGACCCAAGAAGGAGCCUCCCAAGCUCAAGACGGGGCACUACCUGUCUUCUGCCGGAGCCGCGUGGAGCUAA